UGUGAUGCGAAGACCGGGUGAGUGGUGCAAAAGCAAAGGCAAAGGGGUACGGGAGGCGCGUGGUGCUUAUCAUUGGAAGAGACGAUGUCCGAAGGGCAACGCGCCGACUAUGGCUUUGGAGAGGGAGAGUAUAUAACCGCCUAGGAACCUGUUCUGUAUCGAAGGGACAAGUCAGAGAUCAUCAAGCAGCUCUACUUCACAGCACAACAUCCUCUCUCACAGAACUGCCACCACCACCCCUCCACCCCAUCACCAUGAAGGCCUCCAUCUUCGUCGCCGUGGCCUCAGCCGCCCUCGUCUCCGCUGCCCCAACACCAGCCAUCCUCGACGCUCGCGCUCCUCCCAACAUCCCCAGCAAAUCCGCUGCUACUACACAGCUCGCUGGUCUCACCGUCGCCGCCCAAGGCCCGCAGACAGGUUACUCUCGCGACCUCUUCCCCCACUGGAUCACCCAGUCCGGAGCUUGCAACACACGCGAGACAGUCCUCAAGCGCGACGGCACAAAUGUCGUUACCAGCAGUGCAUGUGCCGCAACCUCUGGAUCAUGGUUCAGCCCCUACGACGGUGCUACAUGGACCGCAGCCAGCGACGUCGACAUUGACCACAUGGUGCCUUUGAGCAAUGCCUGGAAGUCCGGCGCAGCAUCAUGGACCACAGCCCGCCGUCAAGCCUUCGCCAACGACCUCACAAACCCCCAGCUCCUCGCCGUAACCGACAACGUUAACCAGGCGAAGGGUGAUAAGGGUCCUGAGGAGUGGAAGCCCCCGCUAACCAGCUACUACUGCACGUACAGCAAGAUGUGGAUUAAGGUUAAGAGCGUGUAUGCGCUUACUAUUACGAGUGCGGAGAAGAGUGCGCUUACUAGUAUGUUGGCUACUUGCUCGUCGUAGGGAGGUGGUAGAUGGGGAGAGAG